GGGCCGUGUUGAAAACUGGAUGUGCGAUGUGCUCGAUGAGAUGCGGCGCUCGAAUAGAUACAUUUCCAAGAAAGCCAUCUACGACUUUGGAACUGAUCUAAAUAUAGCAAGAGCGGAUUGGCUUAUGAACUAUCAGGGCAUGGUCGGUUUGGCUGGGAGUCAAGUGUGGUGGACGGCAGAGGUUGAGGAAGCAUUCGACCAAGCACAGAAUCAUGGAAAUAUGCGUGCAAUGAAGGACUUUCUAGAAAAGCAGAAUUUUCAAAUAGAGGAGCUAGUAUUGAAAGUGCGUUCGAAUCUUACACGUAACGACCGUCUUAAGUUCAAAACUGUCACCACAGUCGAUGUUCAUGCUCGCGAUAUUAUUGAGCAAUUCGUGCGUGAUAAUAUACUUGAUGCCUCCGAAUUCAGUUGGGAAAGUCAAUUGCGUUUUUAUUGGUUAAAGUCUCUUGACAAUUUAUAUGUGAUACAAUGUUCUGGUCAAUUCGAAUAUGGUUACGAAUAUAUGGGCUUAAAUGGACGUCUAGUUAUAACACCUCUAACUGAUCGCAUUUAUUUGACUAUUACCCAAGCGUUGAUUAUGAAUUUAGGUGGUGCACCGGCUGGUCCAGCUGGUACUGGUAAAACUGAAACCACUAAGGAUUUGGCUAAAGCAAUGGCUUUACUGUGCGUUGUCACCAAUUGCGGUGAGGGCAUGGACUUCCGCGCUGUUGGUACCAUAUUCUCUGGCUUGAUUCAGUGCGGCGCGUGGGGCUGUUUCGAUGAGUUCAACCGAAUUGAUAUAUCAGUACUUAGUGUCAUUUCCACUCAGCUACAAACUAUACGUAGUGCAUUGGUGCGCAAAUUGGAACGAUUUGUUUUUGAAGGUGCAGAAAUUAAACUUGAUCGAAAAGUUGGCAUAUUUGUUACAAUGAAUCCCGGCUACGCUGGCAGAACUGAGUUGCCAGAAUCCGUUAAAGCACUUUUCCGUCCAGUAACUUGUAUUAAGCCGGAUUUGGAAUUGAUUUGCUUAAUAUCACUUUUUUCUGAUGGUUUUCUAACAGCAAAAGUUUUGGCUAAGAAAAUGACUGUGCUCUAUAAGCUGGCUGAGGAGCAAUUAUCCAAACAGUGCCAUUAUGAUUGGGGCUUACGUUCAUUAAACUCUGUACUACGUAUGGCGGGUGUGAUGAAACGUAAAUCGGAAGAGUUGCCCGAAGCUGUUGUACUUAUGCGUGUACUGCGUGAUAUGAACUUUCCAAAAUUUGUGUUUGAAGAUGUGCCAUUGUUUUUGGGUCUUAUUCGAUUAACUUCAACAGCCUGA